AUGUGCUCCGUCGCUCCCUUCCACCUUCCCGGCCUCGCCUGCGGCGCGGCGCCCGUCCUCGGCGUACGGCCGACGACGUACGCGGGGGGCGUUCCUGCUGCCGCGAGGUGCGGGGCUGGCUACGACGCCGACAUCGACGUGUUGCUCCGCGCCGCCGCCGUGCCCCCGCCCAUGCCCGCUGACCUCCCGAUGCCCUCCAUGGAGUUUCUUACGCAGUCUCGCCACCACGGCGCCAGCUUCAGGGCCAUGCUCGGCGGCUUCCCGAGCGUCAGAGUUCCGGCCGCCGGCCUGAUGACUUCCUUCCCCAUGGACGCUCACGACGCUGCCCCGACAACGCCCGUGGCGGUGCUUCGAGCGCCGCGCAGCUACGGCGACGACGCCGAAGAGCGCGACGCGGUCACCAUCAAGAAGCCGCCGCCCGAGAAGCAGCCACAGCAGGAGCAGUGCCGAAGUGAGUACGAUGCCAGCAUCGACGCCACGUUCCGGGUCAUGGAGACAGACCCCGCGGAGAGGCCCUCGCCGGACUACCUCACUGAUACCCAGGCCGGGGACAUGAUGAUGAUGGAUCGCGCCACCCUCGUCAAGAACAUGCACCACUUCUCCAGGUACUACGGCGUCGCCCCGGGCGCGCUGCACCGCGCCGUGUCCUACGUCGAUCGCUUCCUCUCGGCCAGGAAGAUCAACGGCGGCGAGCGCCAGCUCCGCCUUCUGGGUGCCGCGGCCGUCUUCACCGCGGCCAAGUACGAGAAUAGGAAGACCACGUGGAGGAUGAACGCCGACGCCGUCGCCGCGUACGCCGGGUGCAUCAGGCGCGAGGCCCACGACGCGGAGCGCGAGCUGGUGGCGGCGCUCGGCUACCGCCUGAGCGGGCCUACGGCCUACACGUUCGUCGAGCACUUCAUGCGGCACACGCAGGGCCAGGAGGAGGAGGGCUCGGCGGCGGCGGUGGUCAGGGCCUUGGCGCACCACCUGGCCGGCAUGGCGCUGCUGGACUACCGGUGCGUGGCGUUCCUGCCGUCCGUCGUCGCGGCGUCGGCAAUCGUGCUGGCGAGGCUGGUAGUCUUGGGCUACAACUCGACGAUGGCGCCGGUGGCCGGGUACGCGACCAAGGACCUGAUCGAGUGCAUGGAGGCGAUCUACGAUCUGCACGACAACCUGCAGGCGUGGCCAGGAUGCGAGGAGAUGAUGAGGGACUGGGAGGUCACCACUCGGCUCAGAUACUCCUUGCCUCCGCCGUCCAUGCUGAUGGCGUUGCGGUGA